UGGAUGUGUAGAUGUUGUUGAUGGAGAAUUUCUUAGAUCUGGUGCAUGGGUGACAUUAGCUGAUGGUUUGCAAAUUAUACUUGACAAAUAUGACACAUGUUUUUUUAACUUGAAUGGUAAUACUUGUGCCAUUAUUAAACAGAAUACACAAUUUGCUGUGGUCGAUUCUCAUGCACGUAGCAGUUCUGGAAUGAUUGAUGGUAAUGGUUUCAGUGUAGCAGUAUAUCACAAAACUUUGGCCAGUGUUUUGAGGCACAUAAAAAAUUUAGCUGCAUGUAUGCGCGGACAUGAAAAGUUUUUUGAAAUAACUGGUGUUUGUGUACACCAAAUUAAAAUCAGUAACACAUGUCACAGUCAAGCAGAAAUCUCAAGUGAUAAGACUGAAACAAGGUAUUGUGUUGGUAAGAAGAGAAAAAUUCAAACUUUGCCUUUAAGUUCAGAAGAAAUGACAGAAUGUAAGGAUGUUAAGAAACGGAAAUACAAUUUUAAAGAAAACAGAGAGAUAAUUGAAUCAAUUUCUAAAUGCAGUUCAAAUGCAGAUGUCAUUUGCUUAGGAGAUAGAGCUAACACUGUGUAUGAUUUCAGUCCCUUGUGUUUUGAAACGAAACAAAAAUUGUGUAGUAAAGUACAUGUAGAGUUCCAGGGUGAAAAUCUACAUUCGCCAUCAGACAGUGGACCAAUGGGCUCUCCUUGUGAAACAGAAAGCAUUCUUGAAGAUGGGAAUUGUUUUUUCCGGGCAGUGGCACAGGUGAUAUGUGGUACACAAAAAGCUCACAGAACACUUAGACUUGCAAUUGUGAAACAUAUGCAGUUGCACAGCGUUGAAUACAAGAAUCUCUUAAGAUCUCAAUACACAUCUAUGGAAGAUUAUUUAUCUUCUUCAAAAAUGAAGUACGUGGGAACAUGGGCCACUGAGGUUGAAAUUCAAUCCACAGCAAACUAUUUAGGGGUUGACAUUUUUACAUUUCACCUUGGAAAAUGGUUGAAGUUUAGUUGUUUGCAUGAAAAGAUGUGCAACCAAGGCAUAUACUUGCAUCACUCCAAUGAAAAUCAUUAUGAAGUUGUUGUUUGUGUAAAACAAUUUGAAUCUCAUAACUGUUAUGAGUUCUGUCACAAUAAAAAGCACAAUGUUGGUAUACGCACACGCACAAGACAAAGUGUCAAAGCACAGAGUGAAGUUUAUGAAACACAGGAGACAAAAGAUUCUGAUGGUUGA